UCACAGAAAACCCCCCGUGUCUCUGACUUGUUGUCCAGCAUCAAACACUUUCACCUGCGGAAACAAUAUGAGAUUUUUGGAAAUUGUUCUGCCAAGAACCUGGAGAACAUCUAUGAGGUUUUCUCCUUCGCCCAGAGGGCUGCUCUCCGCCCGAUGGGAGAGAAAGCUUUCCUCCUCUACUGCCCAGAGGAGAAGAAGCUGAAACCUUCCUGCAUUAGGGCUUUAGCUCGGAUAUUUAAGAUCWCCGAUCUGAACAACGAUGGGGUCCUGAACGACGACGAACUUGACCUCUUCCAUAUAGUCUGUUUCAAUACGCCUCUGGCACCUCAAGUCUUAGAAGAUGUGAAGGACAUGGUGAUGAGGGACAUAAACAACGGAUUGAGAUAUGAUGGACUCACCCUGAGAGGCUUCCUCUUCCUGCACGCUCUGUCCAUCCUGCAUGGUCUACACGAAACCGUGUGGACGGUGCUGAGGAAGUUCGGAUACGACGACAACCUGGAGCUCACGCCGGCAUAUCUGUUCCCUCUGAUAAAAGUCCCUCCAGGCUGCACCACUGAGCUAAACCACAACACUUACCUCUUUCUGGAGAGCGUCUUUGACAAACACGACAAAGACAAAGACUGUGCGCUUUCCCCAAAGGAAGUGAAGGACCUGUUCAGCGUGUUUCCCUACAUGCCCUGGGGUCCAGAUGUCAACAACACGGUGUGCACCAACCACCAGGGAUGGAUCACAUACCAGGGAUACCUCUCCCAGUGGAUGUUAACAACAUAUCUGGACUUCCAGAGGAGUUUGGAGUAUUUAGGUUACCUCGGCUACUCCGUCUAUGAACCUGACUCCGAAGCUGCUAUUACUGUGACGCGUAAAAAGCACAUCGAUCUGCAGAAAAAGCAAACGCAGCGAAGCGUCUUCCAGUGCAACGUGUUGGGGGAGCGCGGCAGCGGGAAAAGUGGCUUCCUGCAGGCUUUCCUCGGCAGAAACCUGCAGAGACAGAUCCGGAUCAGAGAAGACCACAAGUCCAACUAUGUCAUCAGUUCGACCUACGUUGACGAUCAGGAGAAGUACCUGCUGCUCCACGAGGUGAUGUCAGAUUUUGACAUCAGUUCCGAGCCUGACCUGACCUGCGACGUGGUCUGCCUGGUGUACGACGUCAAUGACCCUCGUUCUUUCGAGUACUGCGCUAAAGUCUAYGAGCAAUGCUUCAUAGACAGCAGGACGCCCUGCCUCGUGGUCGCUGCCAAGUCCGACCUGGCCGAGGUUCAGCAGCAGCAGUACAGCCAGUCGCCCUUCGACUUYUGUCGCAAGCACAAGCUCCACCUCCCGCAGCCGUUCACAUGCAACACGACCGAGGCGCCCAGUAUGAACCUCUACACCAGAMUCACCCACAUGGCCAUGUACCCGCACUUGGCCCAGCCGGACCUGAACAACUCCUCCUUCUGGCUCAGGGCCGGCCUCUGUGCCGGCGUGUUCGCAGCGCUGGGCUUCGCCAUGUACAGAGUGCUAAAACACUGGUGAUGGCGCGGCACAAGACGGCGGCUACUUUCCACUUGGGUCCUUUUUGUUCCUUUCUACUAAAAGGAACAAAGAGACUAAAAUAAAAUAAAAUAAAAAWAAGACUGCCUGAGCAAACCAAA